GUUGGCGAGAGUACAAGAACUGGUAUUUUGGCAACGAUUUCCUCAGAAUUCAAUAGUUUUCUACGGUAUUUUACGAUUAUCUGAUUACUAAACAAUUGCAUUCAACAAAAGGAAUAUACUUCAGAGAACCAAGAAUGUGAGGAAACCCAUAUUCGGGUGACAGAUCGACGCAGAAAGGUGUAUAUUGAAGUGAAAAUCUGCUGUUUCAAGUAACCACGGGUUUCCUGUGGAUUUAUUUUUUGUGAAUGAAUUUUGUGUAUGACAGUACAAUAAUUUGGAUAAAUGGGAUUUGGAUGCCUGGAUAGUGGCUGAUUUGGAUUACAACAUACUAUUAUAAAAGUUGGAUUUAUUUUACCCUGGGCGUGAACAUCAAAGAGGACCAUGACAUCAAAAGUAGUUGAUCGCAUCGAUCCAUUCAGUAGCAAGACUUCGGUGAAGUCGAAGAAACAAAAAAGGUCUCAGGGAUCGUCACAUUACAGGACAAUUGUGCAGUCAGAGCUACAAGCACUAGCUCUCCUUAAAGAUACCCAGGCCUCAGAACAAUGUGAACUGUUCCAGAAGAAACUUCAACAAUGCUGUUCUGUCUUUGACUUCAUGGACCCCGUUUCAGACCUCAAGAGUAAAGAAGUAAAAAGGGCAUGUUUAAAUGAAUUAGUGGAUUAUAUCACUGCUACCCGAGGGGUCUUAACGGAACCCAUAUACCCAGAGGUCACACGAAUGAUUGCGUGUAACCUGUUCAGGACAUUACCCCCCAGUGACAACCCUGACUUUGACCCAGAGGAAGACGACCCAACUUUAGAGGCCUCCUGGCCACACUUACAAAUUGUUUACGAGUUUUUCUUGCGGUUCUUGGAAUCACCGGACUUCCAGCCAAGCGUGGCAAAGAAAUUUAUUGACCAGAAAUUUGUACUGCAGUUACUAGAGCUCUUUGAUAGUGAAGAUCCUCGCGAGAGGGACUUUCUCAAGACGGUGUUACAUAGGAUAUAUGGGAAAUUCCUUGGUCUUCGGGCAUUUAUACGGAAACAAAUCAACAAUAUAUUUCUAAGGUUCAUAUUUGAGACUGAGAGUUUUAAUGGUGUAGGAGAACUGUUGGAAAUUCUGGGAAGUAUUAUCAAUGGGUUUGCUCUACCACUGAAGCAAGAACACAAGCAGUUUCUCAUCAAGGUCCUGUGUCCGCUUCAUAAAACUAGAGGUCUAAAUCUCUACCAUGCACAGCUGGCUUAUUGUGUUGUUCAGUUCUUGGAGAAAGAUGCUACAUUAACUGAAGAGGUGGUAAUGACAUUGUUGCGAUUCUGGCCGAAGACUUGUAGUCAGAAAGAGGUUAUGUUUUUGGGUGAGAUAGAAGAGAUCCUUGACGUGAUAGAACCAACACAGUUCCAGAUUGUCAUGGAACCUCUCUUCCGUCAAAUUUCCCGCUGUGUCUCAAGUCCACACUUUCAGGUGGCUGAAAGAGCACUUUAUUACUGGAACAAUGAAUAUGUUAUGAGUCUCAUUGAAGAAAACUCCAAUGUAGUGAUGCCUAUCAUGUUCUCCAGCCUCUACAGGAUAUCAAAGGAUCAUUGGAACCAGACUAUUGUUGCGCUUGUCUACAAUGUACUCAAAACUUUUAUGGAAAUGAACAGCAAACUGUUUGAUGAACUCACCUCAAAUUACAAAGCUGACCGGCAAAAGGAGAAAAAGAAGGAAAAAGAAAGGGAAGAUUUAUGGAAAAGACUAGAAAAACUAGAACUGAAUCAUAAAAAUAAAAUCAACGCCUCCUAACUGAAUGUGAAGGCAAGACCUACAAGAGGGAUUUUAAUAUUAAUAAUGGGAGGAUGCCAUGUGGUUUCAAGUUUCAUAGACUUCUAUAAAGCUGUGUAUUUGAAGCAUGAGGAAGGAGCAAUUAGUAUGUGGUUAUACAUAUAUACAUGUACAGUUAACAUAGUUAUGAUCUAUAUGCUUUAAUAGCUGGAGGAUGAAAACCCUAUUAUUAUAUCAUCAUUCAUUCAUGGAAUACUUCAGUGUAAAUGGAAUACUUCAGUGUAAAUGGAAUAUUUCAGUGUAAAUGG